AUGCUAGGAUUCACGCCCUACUCGCCCAGAUCCGACGGCGACUCUGAUGUCCCAACCGACGCUUGUUACAGAGUCGAUGGAGCCAUCCUCGCCGCAGUCGAUGGUCACCUCCCAUCUACGCCCGUGAGACGCUCUGUGGAGGACGGAGGCGAGGUCACGUGGGAGUGGGACGACGAGGAGAUCAAGGGCGGCAGCCAUGAGGUGCAGAGCUCCUACAAGGGAUCCCCCUUCAACACCAUGGCCAUGCUCCAGGAGUCCCUGCCCUUCAGGCUCACUCGCCGCCAUGGUGCUCCAGUCGUGAAAGCGUGCAGGCUCUCCAUGGAAGGCGCCCAGAUCCACUCUCUCUCCUUCGUGGUCCUGUCGCUACCGCGCCGCCCCACUCGCCGCCAUGGCGCUCCAGCCGCGAAAGUGGGCAGCCUACUGGAUCUUGGCAUCUCACCGUCGCUGCUCACUUCCACUCCAUCUGGUAUGCUCUUCUCCCUGCUUCCCCUCUCGCUAGACGACUCUGCUGCUCAUUGGAUUGGAUCUUUGCUUCCUUUCUCUCGUGUUCUGUCAGAGGCGCUUAGGAUGCCCCAACCCGCUGCUUUUGUCUCCGUGCAGCCGUCCGAUGGUCAACCCACACCGAGCAACGUCUCGAACAAGAAGAUGAAGCACGGUGGCGAGGCACUAAUCUUGGAUGGCGUCGGGGAGGUCGCCGUCACCAUCGGUCGCAACUCGCAACAGCCUCUCUCCACAACCCUCCACCCGGUGAAUCUUCAAGUGAAUAUGCUGCCUGUGACUUAUCCGCAGAGCCAUAAUUACCAACAAGAUGAUUUCCAUAAAAUUGUUGCACGAACUUUGAGCCAAGGAUCAACACCGAUGAGCAUGGAUUUCCAUCCACUUCAACAAACUCUUCUUCUUGUUGGUACCAAUGUUGGCGACAUUGGAUUGUGGGAUGUUGGUACCAAAGACAGACUCGUUGUAAGGAACUUCAAAGUCUGGGACCUCAGUAAAUGUAUAAUGAUUCUCCAGGCAUCACUGGUUAAGGAUCCAGCUGUGUCAGUUAAUCACAUAAUAUGGAGUCUUGAUGGAACCUUGUUUGGUGUUGCUUAUUCAAGGCAUAUUGUACAAAUUUAUUCCUAUAAUGGUGGCGACGAUAUUAGACAACACUCGGAGGUUUGA